AUGUCGGUUCCACCACAAGCAUUUGUAAAUAAAAAUAAGAAGCAUUUUCUUGGCAUUCCUGCACCACUUGGAUAUGUUGCUGGUGUGGGUAGAGGUGCCACUGGGUUCACAACUCGAUCUGAUAUUGGUCCAGCUAGAGACGCCAAUGAUGUGUCUGAUGAUAGACAUGCACCCCCAGCUGCUAAAAGGAAGAAAACUGAGGAGGAAGAUGACGAUGAAGACUUAAAUGAUUCUAAUUAUGAUGAAUUUUCUGGAUACAGUGGUUCUUUGUUUUCUAAGGACCCUUAUGACAAAGAUGAUGCAGAGGCUGACGCAAUUUAUGAAUCCAUUGAUAAAAGAAUGGAUGAGAAAAGAAAAGAAUACAGAGAGAAACGUCUCAAAGAAGAUUUAGAGAGAUACCGUCAAGAAAGACCUAAAAUUCAGCAACAAUUCUCCGACCUCAAGAGGGAACUGAAAACAGUAUCUGAAGAUGAAUGGUCAGCUAUACCAGAAGUAGGUGAUGCACGUAACAGAAAGCAAAGAAAUCCAAGAGCAGAAAAAUUCACCCCAUUGCCGGAUAGUGUGCUCUCGAGGAACCUUGGUGGAGAAUCUUCAUCUUCAAUUGAUCCAGGAUCAGGGUUGGCGUCUAUGAUGCCUGGAGUGGCAACACCUGGAAUGUUGACACCUUCAGGUGACUUGGAUCUCAGAAAGAUGGGUCAAGCCAGAAACACAUUGAUGACAGUGAAACUGUCACAAGUAUCAGACUCUGUGACUGGCCAGACUGUAGUGGAUCCAAAGGGAUAUUUAACUGAUUUACAGUCAAUGAUUCCAACAUAUGGUGGAGAUAUCAAUGACAUCAAAAAGGCCAGGCUUCUAUUGAAGUCUGUUAGAGAAACCAAUCCUAACCACCCUCCAGCGUGGAUUGCUAGUGCAAGAUUAGAAGAAGUUACAGGAAAAAUUCAAGCAGCACGUAACCUAAUCAUGAAAGGCUGCGAAGUUAACCCGAGCAGUGAAGAGUUGUGGUUGGAGGCAGCUCGUCUACAGCCACGCGACACUGCCAGAGCGGUUAUUGCACACGCUGCAAGAAAUCUACCCCAUAGUGUCAGGGUGUGGGUGAAAGCUGCUGACUUAGAACAAGAAACUAAGGCUAAACGUCGUGUAUUCCGUAAAGCUCUGGAGCAUAUACCAAAUUCGGUUCGUCUAUGGAAAGCUGCGGUUGAAUUGGAAAACCCUGAAGACGCCCGCAUUUUACUCUCUCGGGCUGUUGAGUGCUGUCCAACGAGUGUGGAACUCUGGCUAGCGUUAGCCCGAUUGGAAACGUAUGAAAAUGCAAGAAAAGUUCUGAAUAAGGCCCGUGAAAACAUACCCACUGAUAGACAGAUUUGGGUCACGGCUGCUAAACUAGAAGAGGCGCAUGGUAACACUCACAUGGUAGAAAAGAUUAUAGACCGAGCCAUAACAUCGUUGAGUGCAAAUGGUGUCGAAAUAAACCGUGAACAUUGGUUCAAGGAGGCUAUGGAAUCUGAAAAAUCUGGGGCUGUACACACUUGCCAGGCAAUAAUUCGUGCUGUUAUCGGCCACGGUAUUGACCCAGAAGAUCAGAAACACACAUGGAUGGAGGAUGCUGAAGCAUGUGCUAACGAAGGUGCCUACGAAUGCGCACGCGCAGUCUACGGUUAUGCGCUAUCAGUGUUUCCGUCUAAAAAGUCGAUAUGGCUGCGGGCGGCGUAUCUUGAGAAGCAGCACGGUAGCCGCGCUAGCCUCGAGGCGUUGCUGCAACGGGCAGUCGCUCAUUGUCCCAAGUCAGAGGUGCUUUGGCUGAUGGGGGCUAAAUCUAAAUGGCUCGCUGGCGACGUACCCGCCGCCAGAGGAAUCCUGUCGCUGGCUUUCCAGGCAAAUCCUAACUCUGAAGAGAUCUGGUUGGCCGCUGUCAAACUCGAGAGCGAGAACAAAGAGUAUGACAGAGCGAGACGGCUGCUCGCUAAGGCAAGAGCAUCGGCACCUACACCUAGGGUGAUGAUCAAGUCGGCGAAAUUAGAAUGGGCUCUUAACAAUUGCGAGGAAGCUCUUAAACUGCUAGACGAAGCGAUAAAGGUGUUCAGUGAUUAUGCCAAGUUGUACAUGAUGAAGGGUGAAAUUGAAGAACAACUUGGCAAGGAUGAUGACGCUCAUAACACUUAUUCACAUGGGUUGAAAAAAUGCGCCACCUGCGUUCCAAUGUGGAUACUUUUGUCGAGACUAGAAGAGAAAUUGAAGCAUGUCACUAAAGCUAGAUCCGUUCUUGAGAAGGCGAGAUUACGAAAUCCAAAGAAUGCAGAACUAUGGUUAGAGAGUGUGAGAUUAGAACGACGUAACGGCAGUGCUGAGAUAGCUAAUGCAGUGAUGGCGAAAGCGCUUCAAGAGUGCGGAACCGCGGGCAGGUUGUGGGCAGAGGCGAUAUUCAUGGAGUCAAGGCCGCAACGUAAAACGAAAAGUGUGGAUGCAUUAAAAAAAUGCGAACAUGACGCAUAUGUCCUGUUAGCGGUCUCACAACUAUUUUGGAGUGAACGAAAACUGACUAAAUGCAGAGAAUGGUUUAAUAGAACGGUCAAAAUCGACCCAGACUUAGGCGACGCGUGGGCGUACUUCUACAAGUUCGAGCUUAUACACGGCAACGAGCAUCAACAGGAGGAAGUCAAGUCUCGCUGCAAGACAGCUGAACCGCACCACGGCGAAUACUGGUGCAAGGUCUCCAAGGACAUAGCCAAUUGGUGCUUCAGUACGGAACAGAUUCUGCUACUCGUAGCUAAGAACCUACCCGUGCCUACGUGA